CCAAUGAAUGGACACACAGCGAUGCUCCUUUAAAAGCUGAGCGCAGGUGAUGAUAACUCAUCUUGGGCUUGACACAGAGCCUUCAUACUCCACAAGACACAGUUUCUACCAUGCCUUAGAGCCCUUGUCUGUCCUGAGAGUCAUGGCAACCACCUGUACCUCCCUGCCCCUGGGCCUCCUUGUCCUGUCUCUGCUGUGUGUGGCUACUGCUGACGUCCGUGUGUGGGGCAUCCGUGCCUACGGCCUGAGCGGCGACGCCUGGAGCCCUCCUGACCCCUACGUCAAAGUGUUCUGUGGCAAUGCUUUUGGCGGCACGACAGAGUUCAUAAAGAACAAUGCCAACCCCUCCUGGAGCGCGGCAUUCAGCUUUCCCCACGGAAGACCUGGAGAUGCCCUCAAACUGGAGGUGUGGGAUAAGGACCUGAUGCGUGACGACCAUCUGGGGACCUGCACUACUACUGUACAAAAUGGCAGCAACUCGAUGUCUUGCUCAUUAAGGAAAGGCAGGGUACAGUUCCGCUACGAGCUGUGAUUGUUGCCAUCUAGCUACAGAUUUAUGCAUUCUGUCUAGAUAAGCUGUGGCUCACUGUAGAGGAUGUGCAGUUUCUGCACAUUUUUGAUGAGAAUAAAAAAACUUCAACUUCAA